UGCCUCACCCUGACUGCUUUACAGUUAGACUGCAGUGCAAUACUGAACCCAGUCUUUCCAGCCUUGGUGCUUCACAGACUUGACAGCGUUUUUUUUUUUGUUUUGUUUUUUGUUCUGUUUUUUUUUUUUGUUUGCUAUGCUUGAUUAAAAAACAGACUGUUUUCCUUAAGGGAGGGGAACCAGAAAAGCAAAGCAUUCCAAAGAAGAAGAGAUAACAAGGAGAACAAAAACAGCAGCUAUAAAAUUGGAUUACAAGACAGGAGAGGGAAGGAAAGUUUUCUUUCAUUAAAAUGCUUUAGCCUGUACAAGUGGGUUAGUAUUAUAACUCUCUGCAGCGGGGCGUGUAGACUGAGGAUAUCUUCACAUGAGGAGGAAAGCAGCUGAAGAAGCUACAGACACUUCAGCCACAGGAUUGAAAGGGAGGGCAGCAGUACAGCCUAGCAAGCAAGUGUAUCGUCGGACUUCCAGCUUCAAUUCUGAUCCUUUUCCUUCUGAAGAUGCUGUGCAGGGGUCAGAGAUUAUUGCUUUUAUUUAAUUUGCAUGGUCAUGCUGGUAACAACUGGAGGUGAAUAGAAAUGACUCUGGUGGUGAUUGCCAGGAGGGUCUUUUCCUCUGCGAGCAGCUAAGAGAUUUACAUUUACAAAUGAACCACAAAGGGGACCAGGGAAAACUAUGCCUGCCACAUUAUCAGCAUUCAAAGGAUCAAAUCCCUCUGCUGCCAUGGGUAGCUGCCCCUUGCUGUCAGAGCUGUGUAGAUUUUGAAAUAAGAAACCUCUUUAAAAAGUGCAGAAGACAAGUCCUUCUGUAAGAUUGGGCAUCUAAUAACUUUAUUUUAUUUUUAUUUACUUUAUUCAAGUACUGUAACAUACCAGAGCAGUAAGAAUUCAGUGAUUUUGGUUAUUCGACGGUGCGAUACAAAAAACUCUGUCUUCAAAGUUAUCAUUUAAAGGCUUCUUCAAAAGAUUUUCCUGGUGUUGCAGUCUGCAUUUAAAGUGGAUUACAUCUGAGGGAAGGAUUUUUUUUUUUCGACUGCAGUUUUCUAGUUACUGCUGCUUAUGUGCUUUAUUCCGAUGGAUUAAAAAGCCAACCUAAAUGAAUUUCUCUUCCAGUAAUUUUUGUAGCCUAUUAAUGGAUUACAACUGCUUGCUGUCUCAGCUUAACCAUUUCUAGAAAGUUAUUAUGGGAACACUCAUUCGAUUAGAAAAUCGCGCUGUUUGCUGUACAGUAAAGCAGGAGGUGACUGCAACACCCAAAAAAUCUUCAAUUUAACCACUGAACACAGUGGCCAGUUGACCGAAUCUCCAAUUCUUUUCUUUUUCACCUGUCAGUGGAGUUUCCUUUCAGAAUGGUACCACCCCCACCAGUUAAUAAGCCUCACGUGUGCCUCUCCACUAUCCUCAUUAUGAGCAGUAUGGUGCUAAUGGAUGCCUAUCUUGUAGAGCAGAACCAAGGACCACGGAAGAUAGGCAUCUGCAUCAUGGUAAUGGUGGGGGACCUCUGCUUCCUCAUCAUCCUCCGUUACGUGGCCGUGUGGGUGGGAGCGGAAGUCAGGACCGCUAAAAGAGGUUACGCCAUGAUCUUGUGGUUCCUCUACAUCUUCGUGUUGGAGAUCAAAGUCUACUUCGUCUACCAGAACUAUAAGGCAGACAGGCAGAGCCUUGACACCAUUGCGCGGAAAGCCUUGACGCUGCUGCUGUCCAUUUGUGUCCCUGUCCUGUACAUACUCCUGGCGGCCAUCGACCACAUGGAGUACGUAAGAGCCUUCAAGAAGAAGGAGGAGCUGAGGAAUCGACUCUUUUGGGUGGUGGUGGACCUCUUGGAUAUUUUGGAUAUACAAGCCAAUUUAUGGGAGCCACAGAAAAAAGGGCUCCCCCUGUGGGCCGAAGGACUGAUGUUCUUUUACUGUUAUAUUUUGUUACUGAUCCUUCCCUGCGUGUCUCUGAGUGAGAUAAGCAUGCAGGGGAUCAACAUAGUGCCGCACAAGAUGAUGUUGUACCCCAUACUGAGCCUGGUCACCAUAAACCUCAUCACCAUCUUCAUCCGAGGGGGCAACUUGAUCUUCUUCCAGGAUGCUACAGUGUCAGGAAUCCUCAUGGGAAAGAACUUCUUGGCUAUCCUCCUAAAGACCUGUAGUUUUGUACAGUAUAGAAAGCAGUUGCAAAGGGCCCCUCUUGGGUUAGCAAUUGAACUUCAGAAGAACUCUGUACCCCACAACCAAGCAAUGCCGGCCCCGCCUACGGUGAUUGUACAAAAUCAGAUGGCAUUGCCAGAGAUAACUGGAUGUGAGAACACAUGACACAUGCUUUAAAAAAAAAAAAUACAGAGAAGGCACUGUUGGAUUCCAGUACUGCACCAAAGGAUUCUGGGAUUAAACAGACACUGCUGAAGGACGGACGGGGGUAUUUUUUAAACGCACAGUGGAAAGUAUAUUUUUUAUGUGGUACAGUAUGUCAUCAAACAAAGUGAAGAUGGUGGUUUUGUGUGGUUUGUUUCUUUCAUGGCAUUUUCUAUUAUGU